UCCCUUUAAUAGUGGGCUAAAAAUACUUAUGAUUCUGAAUCAGACAUACUGUCAGACAUUUUGUAAAAUGUCCAACUUUACCCGUACAGUACUUGGUUUAAGAGCUGGUCUGCAAUCAGAUGACACCAAAGACUAGUCAAGUAAGACGCGGGAGUAACUUUUCGAUCAGGAUCAUAUUCACCGGCAUGUGACCGGGAAAUAUGCUUAGUCUUGAAUUACUCAGUAAAUACUGGUGCAUCUGAGGCAGGCAAGGGGCAAAGAUCCUAGUGGCUCAUUAGCACCAAGGUAGACAGUUGGGUUAACUUGUAUGUGAUUAGAGCACGGAGAAGCCAUUUCAGGAUGUAAAUGUCUGUCGUAGGAUUUUAUUGACUAUUUCCCAUCAUCGCUCAAGUUGACUUAAAAAAAAGUUCUCAUCUGCAUUGCUGAUAGAGCUUAAUAAAAACAAACACAAGAGGGCUGUUUACAAGCUAUCCACAAUAAUAUAGAGAAUCUGGAGUUGAGUCUGAGCAACAUUUCAUCUUUUUUAUGCGGAACAGGAUCACUGUUAUCUGGAGUCGCACCAAUCAUAUAUUUGUUGAUGCGUGAGGGUUUGUCAGAAACCAGUGUGUAAAGUAAGCUGUUACCAUGGCAACCACAUCAUCAUCGUCAUCAUCAUGGAUGCUGAUUUUAGCAUGCCUUAUUGUUUUAUUGUGCAAAGAGUGUCAUUCAUUAACAGAAUAUAACCUAUAUUUAGAAGCAGAAGAUUUGAUAUACAACCCUGAAUUCAGAGAAAAUCAUGUACAUCGGAGUGUCAGACAAGCAGUAGACAAUACUCCAGUCACAGAAAAUAUCACCAAAGUGGAUAAUCACAAUUACUACCGAGUGACGUAUCACUCGGGUGUUAAUAAUGAGGGCAGUCGUUACUGGGUUGAUCUGACGCAGCUGAAAGCAAAGAAACAUCCAAACUUAUCGACCAACCCAAGAUUAGCAGCGAAACUGCCAUUAGAGUUUGAGUUUCCUUACUAUGGACACAACGUGACAGAGUUAUUCCUGACAACAGGAGGUUUUAUGUACUUGGGUUCUUAUGUUCAUCGAUACCUUGCAGCGACACAAUACAUCGCCCCUCUCAUGGAUAUUUGUACUUUUAUUUUUCUUUUCAAUUUCAAUCUUUAUGUAGGUUUUAAGUACUUAGGUUCUUAUGUUCAUCGAUACCUUGCAGCGACACAAUACAUAACUCCUCUCAUGGAUAUUUGUACUUUUAUUUUCCUUUUCAAUUUCAAUCUUUGUGCAGGUUUUAUGUACUUGGGUUCUUAUGUUCAUCGAUACCUUGCAGCAACACAAUACAUCGCCCCUCUCAUGGAUAUUUGUACUUUUAUUUUUCUUUUCAAUUUCAAUCUUUAUGUAGGUUUUAAGUACUUGGGUUCUUAUGUUCAUCGAUACCUUGCAGCGACACAAUACAUAGCCCCUCUCAUGGAUAUUUGUACUUUUAUUUUUCUUUUCAAUUUCAAUCUUUAUGUAGGUUUUAAGUACAUGGGUUCUUAUGUUCAUCGAUACCUUGCAGCGACACAAUACAUAGCCCCUCUCAUGGAUAUUUGUACUUUUAUUUUUCUUUUCAAUUUCAAUCUUUGUGCAGGUUUUAUGUACUUGGGUUCUUAUGUUCAUCGAUACCUUGCAGCGACACAAUACAUCGCCCCUCUCAUGGAUAUUUGUACUUUUAUUUUUCUUUUCAAUUCCAAUCUUUGUGCAGGUUUUAUGUACUUGGGUUCUUAUGUUCAUCGAUACCUUGCAGCGACACAAUACAUCGCCCCUCUCAUGGCAAAUUUUGACCCUGCAUCCUCAGUUAACUGCUCUAUAAAGUACUUCUCAAAUGGUUCUUUGUUCAUUUCCGAAUGGACUAAUAUCCAGCUGGGAGACAACCCUCUAGCAGGUCUCUUUUCUUUCCAAAGUACACUAAGGGACAAUGGAGAAAUCACAUUUGCAUACAAGAAGAUUCCCAUCCCUAUUGCUAACAUCUCAGAUGAGGCCCACCCUAUGAAGACUGGUAUUGCUGAUGCCUUCUACAUCGAUCAGAAGCUAAGCCAAUGGAUCAAGAAGAGGACCAUUUAUGAAUACCAUAGAGUAGCCUUAGAUACAACGUACGUGAACAAUGCUACAGCUGUCACAAUUACUCCACUUCCGACAUGUAACCUACACAAGGAUUGUGAGUCUUGUGCCAACAGUAAGAUCUCCUUCAACUGUUCCUGGUGCUCUACAGCUAAACGUUGUUCAGAUGAUGGUCUGGAUAGGCACAGACAGUCCUGGAUUAAUGCAGAGUGUGAUAAAGACAUUAAUAUUGCUGAUGUUCCAUACAACUGCCCUCUACCUACAAUAAGACCGACAACAAGAGCCCCUCAGUCUACCAUGGGAAAACAUCCUUCUAUCUACACAGACUGCUCAGAAGGUAUCAGUUGCUUCAAUGGCGGGGCUUGUCGCUAUGGGGAAUGUAUUUGCCCUACACUCUACACAGGAAGGCGGUGUGAAAGAUAUGUACCGAGAGAUGGUAAGGGUAAUCAGAUGGCCAGAGAGGGCGAGUCUAAAGAUGAUACCACAUUGGCGCUGAGGAUCGGGACUAUCGUUGGGUCGGUCGUCAUUGGUGUUCUAGUUCUAGUCCUGGUGGGCUGGCUAGUUUAUGCAUACCGCUACCCCAACUCUAACUCAGGACUCUUCCUUAUUGAGAUCACCAAGUUUCGUUUGAGGAAGAAAGAAGAGAAUGGUGUAGGAUAUCAUUACCAUAAACCAGAUGACAAUGACGAGGUUGAUAUCAUUAUAUGAACAAAAUUUUGUAUUUCUACAGUGGGUAUCUCUUUAAUGAAAAUAUGUCAUAGAAACUGAGAUGAUACGAUCAACAUACCUCAAAGAAUUGCUUGCCUUUCAGCGUUCACCCUUUGCAUGAAUGGGGAUAUUUUUGUACACUCUGCAUUUGCCAUCAGAUUCUUGAUAUGAUUUUUUGAUACUUGGUUACUGAUGUAAUGUAUAC